UCAAGUCUUUGAGGUCUGCUUGCCCUUUGGAGAAAAUGCCUUCCAAAUUGUUGACCUGGUCCUGAAUGUUUGCUUCCUGGGCCCAUUCUUCUUAAGAGUAUGUGAAAGCGACCUUGCUCUUGCACUGCAGCAAUUCCAGAAGGACUGGAGAUGUUGUGGAACUCCAGGCAUACAAGGCUGAGGUGAUAUUUCUCAUGUCUUCCCCUUCCUGGUCCUUACCCUUUUGGUUGGAAAGGAAAAUGCAAGCAUGGGAUUCAUGGAUCUGGAAAGACUGCAGCAAUUCCAGAUGGACUGGAGAUGUUGUGGAACUCAAGGCAUACAAUGCUGAGGUGAUAUUUCUGAUGUCUUCGCCCUCUGACCAUGUGCAAGAAUCAAAUCGUAAACAAAGGACUGGCCAAGGAGCAAACUGUCAGGUAUGUGAAAGCGACCUUGCUCUUGCACUGCAGCAAUUCCAGAAGGACUGGAGAUGUUGUGGAACUCCAGGCAUACAAGGCUGAGGUGAUAUUUCUCAUGUCUUCCCCUUCCUGGUCCUUACCCUUUUGGUUGGAAAGGAAAAUGCAAGCAUGGGAUUCAUGGAUCUGGAAAGAC